AUGCGCGAGGCCGAGCUGGCGCAGGCCGAGGCCGACGCCCAGCGUGCGGCCGCUUCAGCCGCGGAGGCUCUGCGCCGCGAAGAGGAAGCAGUGCGUGGCCUCCGUGCAGCACGGGUGCAGCGUGCAGCGCACUCGGCCCAGCAGCGGCGAGCUGUGGAGGAGAUGCAGAGAGCUUCAGAGGUGGCUGCCGCCGAGCGAAAGCGCGCACAGCGCGCCGCUUCACUGGGCCGAAUGGCACAGGCAGCGAAGGAGCUGGUUCGGCGCGAGGCGGAGCUCCGUGAAGUGAAGGCUGAACCGGCACCCAUGGAGGUUGUCGAGGCUGCCACCGAGCUCCCGCGCCGGGCGCCGCGGCCCACACCCGAGCAGCGAAAAGCCGCAAGGGCCCGCAGUGCCGCGGCUUGGCGGCGGGAGGAGGUUGCGAAGUGCGAGGAGGCUUCCGCUCGUACCAAAGCCGAAGAUGCCAGGAAGGAGCGCAUGCAGAAGAUCAGCGCCGUGGCCGAGGCCGCAGCAGAGGCUGCCGAGGCAGCACAGCCGCGACAUGGCCCUGUGGAAGAAGCACAGGAGGUCUCUCUCUGCGAAGACUGCAAGGAGAUGCGUGCAGAGUUGGAGCGUCUCUUGUCAUAUCGCACACUGUCCCCACGGGAGCUCAAAGGCCCCUCCAAUUCGGAGCAGCCACUACCAGCACCCUGCGCUGAUGUGGAGUCCGCGA